GGGGGAAGUUCAGGAAACAUUACUAGGUCAUAAGGUCACCCACACGGCAACAUGGCAAUUCGCAGCGCUUCACAGAUGCUCUCCGUUUCUAACACAUUUUUGCAAAGUUUGAGAUGGGCUGCUACCAGAUCAUUCGAGGAAAAUAUAAUACAAAACGUCGGAACCCAGGCCAAGAUUAUCAAUGGGAAUGUGUUGGCAAAGCAGAUCAAAUUAGAAAUCCGUGAUGAGGUGCAGGAAUGGGUGGCAGCUGGCAACAAACGACCACAUUUAACAGCCAUUAUUGUUGGAGAUGACCCAGCAAGUCAUACCUAUGUCAGGAACAAAAUGAAAGCCACAGAGUUCACAGGAAUUUCAAGUGAAACAAUACGCCUGCCUGACACAGUUUCCCAACCAGAAUUGUUGAAGAGAAUCCACGAGCUGAAUGAAUGUAGUGAUGUGGAUGGAAUUCUGGUACAGCUUCCUGUUCCAAAACACAUCAGUGAGAGAGCCGUUUGUAAUGCAGUCUGCCCAGAAAAAGAUGUUGAUGGUUUCAAUAUUAUAAAUAUUGGAAGGCUGUGUUCUGAUCUCAAGGCUCUGGUGCCAGCUACAGCUGCUGGGGUGAUGGAGAUGAUAAAGCGAUCAGGGAUAGAAACUUUUGGAAAAAAUGCAGUUGUCUGCGGGCGGUCUAAGAAUGUGGGACUGCCUAUCGCAGUAUUGCUGCAUGCUGAUGGUAUUGGGGAAACAAAGGCUGGAGAUGCCACAACCACAAUCUGCCAUCGAUAUACUCCGCCAGAUGACUUGAGGCGUCAUCUUGCUGCUGCAGAUAUUUUAGUGGUGGCAACUGGUAUACCACACCUGAUUAAGGGGGAUAUGGUGAAAGAAGGGGUGGCUGUUAUUGAUGUUGGCAUCACAAGAAUAAAAGACCCCGAGACUGGGAAGGCCAAGCUUGUGGGUGAUGUGGAUUUUGAAGCGGUCUCUGAAAAAGCCAGCUUCAUCACACCAGUACCUGGAGGAGUUGGACCAAUGACUGUUGCUAUGUUAAUGAAAAAUACCUUACUUGCUGCAAAGAAGGAGAUUGAUUACAAUUUUUAGUAUAUUUUUGAUAUUAUUUUAAGCAUUACUUUAAAAGUAUUUUCUCAUAUGUUAUAUCCCCCCCCUUUUUUUCAUUGCUUCAUAAGCAAUGUCAUGUUCGUGGACACAGUAGAGGCAUUUGACUAAAUAUGGCAUCACCAUUCAGAAUGUUGUAUUAUGCAUAUUGAAAUCUUAUGAGGAAAAUUUAAAAAAGUAUUAAAUGAUAACAUUAGCUGAUUGUCAUUUAUAUGUUUAUUUUACAUCAUACUUGAUUAUUCACUUUGCCAGGGAUAGGGAGUUUAUGAUGAAGUAAAUUGAUAAAGCAUUACAUUUUAUCGGUUUAUAAAAUGAUAAAUUUAUUUUACAUUUUAAACAUGUGGAACAAUUGUAACUAAGAGGGCUUUGCUAUCUAUUGUAUACAUUUUAGUAAUCACAUAUUGGGUUAGCUUGGAGACACUGAAACUAAUUGUCAGUUUAAAUUCAGAAAAUAAUAAUAAUAUGUCACAUCAUGAAA